UGAACCCAUUAUCUCCAGUCAUAUGGCUGCUUGCAACUCUGACUGUUGCGCCAAGGCUUUCUUGAGUUUUGAAAACCUAACUUUUCUUUUUGGUCAUCAUGUUGUACAGACCAUCCAUAAGAGGAGGGUGGCUAUGGCAAAGGCACAAGGCAAUGUUUCUGGGGCUAUUGAAUGGCUUAAUAAAUAUCUGGAAAUGUAGAACAUCUGUUUUUUUUUUUUGUUCUGAAAUUGAAGAUAAAAGGAAAAUAUCGCGUAUGCGUAUAACUUACAUCUGUCAGAAGAACAUAUAUCUGAACUAUUUGUCUCGCUUUCAUAGAUUCAUGGCAGAUCAUGAUGCAUGGAGAGAACUGGCUGAAGUAUACUUAUCCCUGCAAAUGUAUAAACAAGCAGCAUUUUGCUACGAGGAAGUGAUAUUAGCUCAACCAACUGUUCCACUCUAUCACUUAGCCUAUGCUGAUGUACUUUAUAUUCUUGGUGGAUUAGAAAAUGUCCAAACUGCCAAGAAAUACUAUGCAUCCACCAUUGACUUAACCGGAGGCAAGAAUACCAGAGCACUCUUUGGUAUAUGUUUGUGUACUUCUGCUAUUGCGCAGCUUACAAAAGGAAAGAACAAGGAAGAUAAAGAAGGAUCACAGUUACAAUCUCUAGCGGCCAAAGCCUUGGAGAAGGAUUACAAGCAGGGAGCACCUGACAUGCUUCCUCAACUUACCACUGCUUUGAAGAGUUUAACAGUGUCGUCAUAAUGCAGAAUUAGUUAAAUAUUGUUGUUAUUUAACAAACU